UUCUGACCCCACCUGACUUCUGUGUUAUCAAGAUAAGUUGCAUCUGUCACAUCAACUUACAAUGAGAAGUUUGGUUUACACACGGCUGGCUGAACAGACGUUGCGUGCCUACAACGAACGGAUUAAGCAAGAGAGAUGGAUGCUGAAGUUGCAACUUCAAUUGACUUCUACAUUGGACUGUCUUUAGCGGUCAGUUCAUGUCUCUUCAUUGGAGGAAGCUUUAUUUUGAAGAAGAAGGGGCUCUUACGUUUGGCAAGCAAAGGGUCUAUGAGAGCAGGUCAGGGCGGAUAUGCUUACCUGAAGGAGUGGUUAUGGUGGGCUGGACUUAUAUCAAUGGGAGCAGGAGAAGCUGCCAAUUUUGCUGCAUAUGCCUUUGCCCCAGCGAUGUUAGUGACCCCUCUUGGAGCACUGAGUGUAUUGGUGAGCGCCGUGUUGUCCUCCUACUUCCUGGAUGAGCGGCUGAAUGUCCAUGGGAAGAUCGGCUGCCUGCUUUGCAUUCUGGGUUCCACAGUGAUGGUAAUUCAUGCACCCCAAGAGGAGGAGGUGGACUCAUUAAGUGCCAUGGCUGAGAAGCUCAAAGACCCAGGGUUCAUUGUGUUUGCCGUGUGUAUUGUGGCAAGCAGCCUUGUGCUCAUCUUCUUUGUGGCUCCACGAUACGGCCAGAAGAAUGUGCUCGUCUACAUCCUCAUUUGCUCUGUGAUUGGCUCCCUGUCUGUGUCUUGCGUCAAGGGCCUCGGACUCGGCAUUAAAGAGCUGUUUGCAGGCACUGCCGUGCUGAAGCACCCUCUGUUUUGGGCUUUACUCAUAUGCCUGGUUGUUUGCAUCAGCAUCCAGAUCAGCUACUUGAACAAAGCCCUGGACAUCUACAACACAUCUCUGGUAACACCGAUCUACUAUGUGUUCUUCACCACGUCCGUCAUGGCCUGUUCGGCCAUCUUGUUUAAGGAGUGGCUGCGUAUGACUGUGGACGGUGCGUUGGGCACCAUCAGUGGCUUCCUCACCAUCAUCCUGGGCAUCUUUCUCCUUCACGCCUUUAAAGACAUCACCUUCACCUGGGACUCCUUACCUCUGUACCUCCGCCAGGUUCCCCAGAGCUCCCCAUGGGCUCAACCCUACACCCCGCUGCCAAGUCACGGCUUCCCUGAGGACAGAAAGGCGCCUCUCCGGGACACUGCCAACAAUACUGGUGCACCUCCGGAGGUCACAGAGAGGAGAAACAAUGGCACGCUCACAAUCUAACACAAAAGACAGAACCAAAGCAUUAACAUAUUCCCAGCAGCGAGUGGCAGAAACUAUGCUGUUGGGUAAGUCGUGAACACUGUAAUAACUGCCCUUGGUUGUCCUUUGCACUCCAGUAGUGCUCAGACAUCACUUUAGUCUUACUGAAAAUGACGGUACAUUAUUGAACGCAUGCCUUGCUAUAUGUUCUUUUUGUUUUUUUACUAAAUGUGUUACUCUUUUUACUCUUUUUAUAGUUAUUUCUAAAAAAAAAGCAUUACAUUAACCUAUGUGUACUUAUUUCUACCAAAGAUCAAAUGACUGUAUAUCACCUAACAGCAGUCUUGUCUCAAGAGUAGUGAGAACAAUGAUUGCGCUAUUGCAGAAAUGAUGAGUGACCUCAAAGUUGAUUAACUUAUUUAUUUGGCCAAGCCUUGAUCUAGUAUUGUUGUAUAUAUGUAUUUAUUUAGAGUAGAAAAUAUUCUUCAAAUUAAAUCCAGUCAUAUUUUAUUGCUGCCAUUAACCAAAUGUUUGUGUUGCUAUUAAUGUAAUAAAAACGUUGUCAGAUAA